UUUUGCUCGCCAGAUGUCGCAGCUACUGCCAACGCAGCUGUGCGCACAAUUUCAGACCGUUUCGGACACGGUCAGCAGUAUUGUAUAAUAUGAUUUUGUUAGAUUAGAUGCUAGAAUGAUGAUUAUGUUAGGUUAGAUCGCACAAUAGAUCGUCUUCUAGUUCGUAUGUAAUAAUUGACUGAGAUACUGUUAUGGCUUCCUUGGUCGCGGAUUAUGGCACUUCCUCUGGUUCGGACAGCGAGACGAACGACGAUAACGUUUCAGACAAUGUCAAUGAUAACUCCUUUAAGGAGGACACAAAGGAAAUAGAACAGGCAAAAGAGGAUGAACAAGAGGAGAAUGAAGAAGUAGAAGAAGAAUUGAAAGAGAACAACAACAGUGAGGAUGGAGAGAACGACAAUGGAUACUUGGUUGGAGCGACCGAAACAGCUUCCAGAGAAAAACUUCCAUUGCCAACACCAGACUUCGACAGCGCGACCACGUUGCUACGCACAUCAGUGUUCUCGAAUCCGUUUGUGGAGGCGGAACGCGCAAAGAGUGCGAUAUUGGAGAAGCAUGUCAAGAUGACGCCCACACUGGACGACACCAAGACCAUCAACGGUCGCAAGAUCUGCUGGAACUACCGGAAAGGCCGCUGCCGCUUCGGUCAUAACUGUGCCUUCGCGCACGAUUCGGAUUUACAUCGUAGUGCGGCCGAACUAGAAGCAUUGCGUGCACCCCAGGAGACGCUUGUCUGUCAGACGCGAUACAACGGCCAGCAGCAAUGGCAGCAGCAACAGCAGCAGCAACAGCAGCAGCAACAACAACAGCAACAACAACAACAACAACAACAACCGCCAUCAAAUGAUACUGGCGAUGACGAGAACGAUGAAGUAGAUCAGGAGAACAAUCGAACAGGCAACAAUAAGAAGCGUAAGAAGAGGCCAGGUCUCAGUCAAUGGUUGCUUCCCAGCAAAAGGGUCUUCAAACUGUACAAAGCACAACAAACCAAAACUGUAGAUGAAUAUUGUUAGUAAUCAGAUGAGAAGGGAAGUGGGAAGACAAAUCGGAAAGGAAAUUCAGACGGGCAAUAUUGAAGAGCCCGUAAAAAGUCUAAUCUAUAAUAUGCUGUUUACUUCCUGUUUUUUUCUCCUUUUAUUUCUUUCUAACUUAAAUCUUGAAUCUAACGUCUGAUUUACAAUGUGCUCUUUAUUUCCUGUUUCUUUUUCUUUAUCUCUUUCUGAUUUAAAUCUUUAAUUAAAAAAAACCUUUAAUCAGAAAAAGAUAAAGAACAAGAAACAGGAAGCAAAUAACAUAUUGUAGAGAUCAGGCUUUAAGCCAGAAAAAGAUAAAGAACAAAAAGCAAAUAGCACAUUGUAGAUCAGAUUUAAGGAGAUUCAAAGCCUCCGUACAAGAACAUCCAUAUACGUCACGUUAAUUUAAGAAUAAACUUACAUCAACGCACAAAGAAAUUCAUUAUGAAAGUCUUUUCUUACGUUACAGAUUUUUUUGUGCGUUGACAUAAAUUUACUCUUAAGUUAACGUAACGCAUUACGGAUAUUCUAGUGCAGAAGCCCUUAAUCACAUUCAGUUGUUACUUCCCAAUAAGAGGGUCUUCAAGCUGUACAAAGCGCAACAAACCAAAAGCGUCGCUAGAUAGAUAGCAUUAAGUUAAAAACAGAAAGAUUGGUUUUAACAGAAACAAAUAGAGAAAAUGGUGGAGAUGAGUAUUACUUGUUUAAUGUAGCCGCAUGAGAGAAAUGCAUUAAGCAGAACUUAUAGAAGAUUCAAAUACGGGCUUUGAAGCUCCCAAAAAUAGGUAUAACGAUUUAAUGAUUGUAAAGAAGAAAGAUACGACUCCGAUUUAUGCUUCCAUUGCGAACAAACUUGCGAUGUGUAGAAUAGAGAUGCAGGGACUUCUAUAGGUUAGAUCACAGGAAUGCCAAGGAUGAAGAAGUCCGAGUGAGUUUGAUUAUCGCCAGGGUAGCACGCGUCCGCGUGGUUGUGUAGAAUACCUUGUAAAAAUUCAUGAAUAGGAAUUAUUCUUGAGAAUAACUCGUCUUGAAAAAUCCAGGCGAGAAUUGUUAUUUGAUGUACAAAGCGUUGGAAUUUUCGUCUUUGCGAUGCAAAAGCGAACGUGUUGUCUUCUCGUUAUUACGCGCGUUUCCCAGAUAAUUAAUUCUCCGUUAAUAUAAAAUGUCAGGAAAUUUGAUUUGUACUUCCGACUAUAUGUAGAGAAUAUCACGAUAGGGCUGACGAUCGUGAUUGCGUAAUUUAUAUCUUCUAUGAUUAUACUCUUUUAUCGAUUAUAUACUUGUCAUAUAUAUUUAUAUUACCAACUGUAUACUUAGUGACACACGACACUUCCAUGCGUCCCUGAAACUUAAGAUUAAGCCAACCUGAUUGUAUUUCUCUCUCUCUCUCUCUGUUUUUAUGAGAUAGAUUUUUAUCUUAUCCUAUAUAUGUUGCGGUCGACAAACUCGACGUUCUAUUAGAUUGAAUUAAACGAAAUAAUUUUUAAAUAAAACUAUUUAUCAGUAAUUCUAAUCACUUGUUAGCGAAGAAAAUGUUACAUGUAAUUUUCGCCAUAGAGAUGAAAAUAAGAGAAUUACUGACAAAUUAAAAACUUAGUCAAGUAAUUAGUUGUCAAAGAAUCAUCUGUUGGUACAUUACUUGAUCUAUCGAUGUUCGAAUCGAUCUAUUAACGGAGAAAACGAUAAGUAAUUAUACUAACAAGUUAAAAUAGUCACGAUUGACAAAACAGAUUCGAUAUCUUGUGAAGAUCUAAUUGCAAUAAUUUUUAAAUACUGUCGAAGGCACCAGAAAGCCAUUUCUAUUAACACACUAAUCAACUACUAUAAUUACUUAUUUGAAAAUAAGUAAUUAUGGUAAUAUGUUAAAAUAUAGAAGGAUCAUUGACAGAUCGAAAGUUUGCGCAACUUUGUUCAGUGGUCGAAAGAUACAUUACUAAUGUGCUAAUCGUCUGUUAAUGAAAGAAAUAACAAAUUACGGUAACCGGUCAAAAUAAAAGAGUUAUUAAUAGGAGUUUAUCAGAAUAUCGCGGCUAAGAAGAGGUUCCUCGGUCUUCCGAGAAUCCCUAAAGGUUGCCAAUAAACAAUUUAACAAUAUUAUAACUA